CGAGGGGCAGGUGCUGAGGAGCCCGGGGAGAGCUGUUAUAGCCUGUUAAUUACGCUUCAUCAAUUAACCUGUGGCACCUGUCCACCCCUCCCCUCCGUGCUCUGCGCCCCCGCAGCGCGGGGUGAGUUUUGGGGUGCAGAGCCGCGCCCGCACCCCGGCAGCGGCCGGCGGGGCCUGGCUUCGCCCUUCGCGGUGGAUCUUCCCCGGGGAGCUUUUCCCGCCUGCCUGGGAAGGAGCUUGGCGUUGGGCUGCCAGGGUCGUCCUGCAUUGACCUUGAGCGUCCAGGGGGCUGUGGGCCGCUUUUAGGUAAUGUGUGUACAUGAAUUGCAAGCCUGUCUCUAGUGGGGACACUGUGGGAGGAUGAACACGGAGGAGCUGGAGCUGCUGACUGAUUCCAAGUACAGAAACUAUGUAGCAGCUGUUGACAAAGCACUGAAGAACUUCGAAUAUUCCAGUGAAUGGGCAGAUUUAAUAUCAGCACUUGGGAAGCUAAACAAGGUGCUACAGAACAACGCCAAGUACCAGGUAGUACCCAAAAAGCUGACGAUAGGCAAGCGCUUGGCACAAUGUCUGCAUCCAGCUCUGCCAGGAGGGGUUCAUCGGAAGGCACUUGAAACAUAUGAGAUCAUUUUUAAAAUCAUUGGACCCAAGCGCUUGGCCAAAGAUCUGUUCCUCUACAGUUCUGGACUAUUUCCACUCCUUGCCAAUGCUGCUAUGUCUGUCAAGCCAACAUUGUUGAGUCUGUAUGAGAUUUAUUACCUCCCUUUGGGGAAAACGUUGAAACCAGGACUGCAAGGACUGUUAACUGGGAUUCUGCCUGGGUUAGAGGAGGGAUCAGAGUAUUAUGAAAGAACAAACACACUGCUAGAGAAAGUUGCUUCAGCUGUGGAUCAGUCAGCGUUCUACAGUGCUCUCUGGGGGAGCCUCCUCACCAGCCCUGCAGUUCGCUUGCCUGGCAUCACUUAUGUCCUUUCCCAUCUGAACAGGAAGCUUUCCAUGGAGGAUCAACUAUACAUAAUUGGCAGUGACAUUGAAUUAAUGGUGGAAGCAGUAAGCACUUCAGUGCAAGAUACCAGUGUUUUAGUACAGAGGAGCACAUUGGACCUUAUCCUUUUUUGUUUUCCUUUCCACAUGAGCCAGGCAACACGUCCAGACAUGAUCAGAAUUUUGUCAGCAGCCCUUCAUGUAGUGCUGCGCAGGGAUAUGUCACUCAACCGAAGGCUUUAUGCGUGGCUUCUAGGUUUUGAUAACAAUGGUGCCCUUGUAGGACCCAGAAGUACAAGGCACAGCAAUCCCGAGGAGCAUGCCACUUACUAUUUCAACACCUUCUCUAAGGAGAUGUUAGUCCAGGCAAUGGUGGGAAUAUUACAAGUAAAUGGACAGGGAGAAGAAAGCACAUUAAUGCAAGACUUAAAGCCUUUUCGAAUUCUUAUCAGUUUGCUGGAUAAGCCUGAACUAGGCCCUGCUAUCCUAGAGGAUGUAUUGAUUGAAGUGUUUCGAACAUUAUAUACACAGUGCAAAGCAGAAUUGGAGCUUCAGACAGAACCAUCUUUCAACAAAGAUCACACACAGCUAAGCAGCAAACUGAGAGAAAACAAGAAAACAGCAGAAUUGAUUAAAACUGCCAAUCUUCUUUUCAAUUCCUUUGAGCCUUAUUAUAUGUGGGAUUACAUUGCUCGUUGGUUUGAGGAGUGUUGUAGGAGGACUUUACAUGCCAGACUUCAAACUGGGCCUGGAGGUGAUAGUGAGCAAUCUGAGUUACCUCUGACAAAUUUCUGCUUGUUAGUGGAUUUUUUGUUGGAUAUUGUUUCUUUGCCUACUAGAAGUAUGAGAGUGCUGUGUCAGGAGACUUACAUUGAAAUACAGACAGAACACUUGCCUCAGCUGUUGCUCAGGAUGAUUUCUGCAUUGACAAGCCAUCUUCAUACUUUGCACUUGUCUGAGCUUACUGAUUCUCUCAGACUCUGCUCAAAGAUCCUUAGUAAGGUUCAGCCUCCGUUGCUCUCUGCUGGUACAGAUGGUAUCCUGCAGCUUCCUACUGGACACAGCAGCUCCAUCAAAGAAUGGGAAAAUAAAAAGGUGCCAUCAGUGUCACUUGAAAAUCCUAAUGAUGUGUUUGAAGAUGGUGAAAAUCCUCCAAGCAGUCGAUCAUCAGAAAGCGGAUUCACUGAGUUUGUACAAUACCAGGCAGAUACAACUGAUGAUAUUGACAGAGCACUGAAUGAAGGUCACGGUGCACUUGGCAUCCCUAUUGUUGGUAGCACAUCCUCAGAGACUGAGACAGCAUCAACCGUGGGUUCUGAGGAAACCAUUGUACAGCCUCCUUCCAUAAUGACACAAGGGACAGCAAGUCGUAGUGGGAAAACAAUCCAAAAGACUGCAAUGCAGUGCUGUUUGGAAUAUGUCCAACAGUUUUUGACCAGAUUUAUCAACCUGUAUAUCAUUCAGAAUAAUUCCUUGUCUCAGCCCUUAGGGGCAGAGCUUCCCGUAGACCCCAGUAGAGUGCAAGGACAGAGCACAAAAUGGGACAGAGAAUCACAGGAUGAUGCUAAGGUGAAGAAAACAAAGAAGAAAACACCGAAAGAAUACCUUCCUGCCUUUAUUGCUGCUUGUCAGCUCUAUCUUGAAUGUUCAAGCUUUCCCGUUUACAUUGCUGAAGGAAACCGCACUUCAGAGUUACAUCCUGGGAAGCCUGAAGUUGACUGUGAACAAGUACAACCUCCACUGUGGCUACAGACUUUAAUGAAUGCUUGCAAGCAGGCAAGCGAUUUCAGUGUCCAGGGUGUAACUAUUUCCCUCGUGAUGGACUUGGUUGGAUUGACUCAAUCUGUUGCUGUUGUCACUGGAGAAAAUCUGAACAGUGUGGAAACUGCUCAGCCUCUUAGUCCUAACCAGGGAAGAGUGGCUGUCGUUAUCAGACCUCCUCUUACUCAAGGCAAUCUGAGAUAUAUGGCUGAAAAGACAGAUUUCUUCAAGCAUAUAGCUUUAACUCUUUGGGACCAGCUGGGUGAUGGAACUCCUCAGCAUCAUCAGAAGAGUGUGGAGCUCUUCUACCAGCUGCACAACCUCGUCCCAUCUUCCAGCAUUUGUGAAGAUGUUAUUAGUCAGCAGCUGACUCACAGAGACAAGAAAGUAAGAAUGGAAGCUCAUGCUAAGUUUGCAGUUCUAUGGCAUCUCACACGAGAUCUUCAUAUUAACAAAUCUUCUUCCUUUGGCCGCACCUUUGACAGAUCUUUGUUUAUCAUGCUGGACAGCCUCAAUAGCUUGGAUGGUUCUACUUGGUCAGUGGGACAAGCCUGGUUAAACCAAGUGCUUCAAAGACAUGAUAUUGCAAGGGUUCUUGAACCUUUGCUCCUACUGCUUCUCCAUCCAAAAACUCAGCGAGUUUCUGUUCAGCGAGUACAGGCUGAAUGUUACUGGACUAAAUCUCCCAAUCACCCUGACGAAGAAAAUGAAAAGCAGUUCAUGCAGAAGUUCAGUUGUGCUGAUGCAUUCUCCCACAUGCCCGUAAGCCAAGGACAACUUAUUAUACCUAAAGAAGGCAAUGAGAAACAACUCGGUGUGGAUGAAAUGGAGAACUUCAGCCUGACUGUCAACCCUCUGAGUGACAGGCUUUCCUUGUUAAGUACCAGCAGUGAGACCAUACCAAUGGUUGUGUCUGAUUUUGACCUUCCUGAUCAUCAAGCUGAAAUACUGCAGAGUUCUGACUCUGGCUGUUCUCAGUCAUCUACUGGAGACAACAUCAGUUAUGAAGUGGAAACAGAAAGCCUGAGUGCUCAAGAUAGUUCUCAGACUCUGAAAGAAGACUCACCUGAUGAAAUUGUGCAGCAAGUGGUUACAGAUCUUAUAUGCAAAGUUGUAAGUGGUCUUGGAGAAGAAGUUGAACCAGUUAAAGAUGGUCUUCACUCUGAGGAUGCUUUAUGUAAAUUCAGCUCUUUGGAUAACACUGUAGAGGUUACAAAAAGUGAUGAUCAAAAUAUUCAAAGUAGCCAGAGUAGUUUACUGAGUAAUGACAGCUCACAGUUACUAUCAGCCUCAACUGAGACUGGACUUGAGAGCUUAGGAGAUGAAAUGUCCAGAAAUAACUCUUCACCUUGUAUUGCAGAAAGCCAGCAAUCCUUCUCUGAUCUUACUCUUUCUUCCAGUGAAUCGAAGUCUAGAAAACGUAGCCACAGUAGUAUUCAGUUCAGCUUUAAAGGAAAGCAACCAGAAAAAAUGUCAGAAAAAGAAACAAUUGUUAAAGAGGCUGGUAAGCAACCAGGUGCAAAACCUAAGGUAAAAAUAGCCAAAAAGAAAGAUGAAGAGAAGAAGAAAGCCCAGACAGAAAAGCUUAAACAAACAAAUGUCUUCUUUAGUGAUGGUCUUGAUUUAGAAAAUUGGUACAGUUGUGGAGAAGGAGAAAUUUCAGAAAUAGAAAGUGAUGUCGGAUCCCCAGGAAUGCGAAAAUCUCCUAAUUUCAAUAUCCAUCCACUGUAUCAACAUGUGCUGCUUUAUCUCCAGUUGUAUGACUCUUCAAGGACAUUGUAUGCUUUUUCUGCAAUUAAGGCAAUUCUGAAAACAAAUCCUUCAGCUUUUGUAAGUGCCAUCUCCACUACCAGUGUCAACAAUGCAUACACUCCUCAGCUUUCAUUGCUCCAAAAUCUUCUAGCCAGGCAUAGAAUAUCUGUUAUGGGCAAGGAUUUCUAUAGUCACAUCCCAGUUGAUUCUAACCAUAACUUUCGGAGCUCUAUGUACAUAGAAAUUCUUAUCUCCUUGUGUUUAUACUACAUGCGGAGCCAUUAUCCAACUCAUGUUAAAGUAACCUCACAAGACCUCAUAGGAAACCGCAACAUGCAAAUGAUGAGUAUAGAAAUUCUGACACUUCUCUUUGCUGAGUUGGCAAAAGUGAUAGAAAGCUCUGCCAAGGGCUUUCCUAGUUUUAUUUCAGACAUGUUGUCCAAAUGCAAAGUUCAGAAAGUGAUCCUGCAUUGUCUGCUCUCUUCUAUCUUCAGUGCCCAGAAAUGGCACAGUGAAAAGGUAGCUGGAAAAAACAUAGUGGCUGUAGAAGAAGGCUUCUCUGAAGACAGCCUUAUAAAUUUUUCGGAGGAUGAAUUUGACAAUGGUAGUACUCUGCAGUCACAACUUUUGAAAGUACUUCAACGGCUGAUUGUGCUGGAACACAGAGUAAUGACUGUGCCUGAGGAAAAUGAAACCGUGUUUGACUUUGUCAUAACGGACCUGGAGCACAUUGGUCCCCAGCAGCCAAUGACUUCUCUGCAGUAUUUACAUUCCCAGCCAAUAACCUGCCAAGGCAUGUUUCUGUGCGCAGUGAUACGAGCUUUGCACCAGCACUGUGCCUGUAAAAUGCAUCCCCAGUGGAUUGGCCUUAUCACUUCUACGUUGCCUUACAUGGGGAAAGUUCUUCAAAGGGUGGUUGUUUCAGUAACUCUUCAGCUCUGCAGGAACUUGGAUAAUUUAAUUCAGCAGUAUAAAUAUGAAACGGGAUUAUCUGAUAAUAGGCCUCUCUGGAUGGCAUCAGUCACUCCCCCAGAUAUGAUUCUCACUUUAUUAGAAGGGAUCACAACAAUAAUUCAUUACUGCCUCCUGGAUCCAUCUACGCAGUAUCACCAGCUUUUGGUUAAUGUAGAUCAGAAGCAUUUGGUUGAAGCACGCAAUGGGAUCCUCUCUAUCUUGCAUAUGAUUAUGUCUUCUGUGACUUUACUGUGGAGCAUCCUGCACUUUGCAGAUUCUUCGGAGAAAACGACUGCUGCUGCUGCAGCCAUUACCACUAUUAAUCUUGGGUCAACUAAGAAUUUGAGGCAACAGAUUCUGGAACUUUUGGGUCCAAUUUCAAUGAAUCAUGGUGUUCACUUCAUGGCUGCUAUUGCAUUUGUAUGGAAUGAAAGGAGGCAAAACAAAAAUACUUCAAGGACAAAGGUUAUUCCUACAGCAGGUGAAGAACAACUUCUGCUGGUCGAGCUGGUUCGCUCUAUCAGUGUUAUGAGAACAGAGACUGUCAUACAGACAGUUAAAGAAGUUCUGAAGCAGCCUCCAGCCAUAGCAAAGGACAAGAAACAUCUUUCGCUGGAAGUCUGCAUGUUGCAGUUUUUCUAUGCUUAUACUCAAAGGAUUCCAGUGACCAGCUUAGUAGACAGCUGGGCAGCACUGCUGCUUCUCUUAAAAGAUUCCAUACAAGUUGGUCUUCCAGCUCCGGGACAGUUUCUUAUACUUGGUGUUCUUAAUGAGUUCAUCAUGAAAAACCCAAGUCUGGAGAAUAAGAAAGAUCAAAGAGAUUUACAGGAUGUAACACACAAGAUAGUGGAUGCCAUUGGGGCAAUUGCUGGUUCUUCCUUGGAACAGACCACUUGGCUAAGACGAAACUUAGAGGUUAAGCCUUCCCCCAAGAUUAUGGUUGAUGGGAGCAACUUAGAAUCAGAUGUUGAAGAUAUGCUGUCUCCAGCAAUGGAAACUUCAAAUAUAACUCCAUCUGUUUAUAGUGUCCAUGCAUUGACCUUACUUUCUGAGGUCUUGGCUCAUCUCCUGGACAUGGUUUUCUACAGUGAUGAAAAAGAGAGAGUUAUUCCUUUGCUUGUAAAUAUUAUGCACUAUGUUGUGCCCUACCUCCGUAAUCACAGUGCUCACAAUGCAUCCAGCUAUCGAGCUUGUGUCCAGUUAUUAAGCAGUCUUAGUGGAUAUCAGUAUACAAGGAGAGCAUGGAAAAAGGAAGCCUUUGACCUCUUUAUGGACUCCAGCUUCUUCCAGAUGGAUGCUUCGUGUGUUAACCAUUGGAGAGCUAUUAUGGAUAAUUUGAUGACACAUGACAAAACCACUUUCAGAGAUUUGAUGACACGAGUGGCUGUGGCCCAGAGCAGCUCCCUCAAUCUCUUUGCCAACCGAGAUGCGGAGCUGGAGCAGCGCGCCAUGCUCCUCAAGAGACUCGCCUUCGCCAUUUUUAGCAGCGAGAUAGACCAGUACCAGAAAUACCUGCCAGACAUACAAGAAAGGCUGGUAGAAAGUCUCCGGUUGCCACAGGUGCCCACCCUUCACUCCCAAGUGUUCCUGUUUUUCAGAGUAUUGCUUUUAAGAAUGUCUCCACAGCACCUUACCUCACUUUGGCCAACCAUGAUCACUGAACUGGUGCAAGUGUUUUUACUGAUGGAACAGGAGCUCACUGCUGAUGAAGACAUUUCCAGAACUUCUGGCCCAUCUGUCGCUGGUUUGGAGACAACUUAUACAGGUGGCAAUGGUUUUUCCACAUCCUACAACAGCCAGAGGUGGUUGAACCUGUAUUUGUCUGCUUGCAAAUUUCUGGACUUGGCUCUAGCUUUGCCAUCUGAAAACCUGCCUCAGUUUCAGAUGUAUCGUUGGGCUUUUAUUCCAGAAGCAUCAGAUGAUUCAGGCUUGGAAGUACGAAGACAAGGAACACAUCAGAGGGAAUUCAAACCCUAUGUGGUGCGUCUGGCAAAGCUGCUGCGAAAAAAAGCAAAGGACAAACAGGAGGACUUUAAGACGGUGGUUUUGGAGGGAAUGGAGAUGGCCAAGCAUCAGAAAAACCCAGAGGAGGAUGGCUCAGGGAAAACACUAAGCUGGGAACCAGGUCACUUGCUUUUAACCAUCUACACCGUUCGCAGCAUUGAGCAGCUCUUGCCUUUCUUCAAUGUACUUAGCCAAGUUUUUAACAGCAAAGUCACAAGCAGAUGUGUUGGACACUCAGGGAGCCCUGUCCUUUACCCCAACUGUUUUCCCAGUAAGGACAUAAAAAUGGAGAACCUCAAGACCUUCUCCAGCAAAGCAAGACAGAAGAUAGAAGAAAUGGUUGAGAAGGAUUUUCUUGAAGGUGUCAUAAAAUCAUGAACCAAACUGGUACUACUCAGCCUAUAUGUAGUGUAACUAUCUAAAUGAAAUACUGUAUCUUUCCCAGUUGUAUAGUAUUCUUUUCUUAUUUUGUAUGUAAUGAAAUACUUAAUGUUGUAUUUAAGUUAAAUAUUUGUAAAUAAGAGAAGUUCUGGAUGUGGCCUGAAUCAAGUUUAAAUAUUGGUGGCUCAUAUUGAUCAUAGUGCCUACUAUUUACAGUAAAUGUUUUGUUGUCUUGAGUUCUGUCUUUAAAAAAAUGACAAAAAAAAAAAAAAUACAAGGUGCACAUUUUUUCAA